UCAAAUUUUAUAAUUUUAAUUUAAAAAAAUUUCUUGUCCAUAAUUUCCGUUUUCCCUUAAAUUCAGCUGUCCUAACGUCAAAACUCAGACACUCGCUUGCGUGUCUCCCUCUUAAAAUCUCCCUUCUCUCUCUCUCUCUCUCUCUCUCUCUCUCUCUUUCGUUUCUCUCUGUUUUCUGGGUUAUUUCAAAGAAGAAUCAAGAAACGAAACCUCUCCCUUUUUCUCUCUUACAAGAAUCAUGGUGUUUGGAAAUGGGUCAACGCAAAAAUCAAACCUUGACAGAUUCCUUCAUUGCACAACACCUGUGGUGCCACCCCAAUCUCUCCCCAAGGCGGAGAUUAGGAGUUUGAAUCGGAUUUGGCAUCCAUGGGAGAGAGAAAAGGUUGAGUUUUUCAGAUUGAGUGAUCUAUGGGAUUGUUAUGAUGAAUGGAGUGCUUAUGGAGCUGGUGUUCCCAUUCGUCUCACUAAUGGAGAAUCUCUUGUUCAAUAUUAUGUUCCUUAUCUUUCUGCUAUUCAGAUUUUCACCUCUCGUUCUUCCUUGAUCCGCUUUAGGGAUGACUCUGAAGAUGGGGAAAGCAGAGAUUCGUUUAGUGAUUCAUAUAGUGAUGAGAGUGAAAGUGAUAAACUUUCGAGAUGUGCUUCUGAGGAAGGACUUGAACAUGACGCUCUCUUACAUCCGAAUGAUCGGUUGGGAUAUCUUUACCUGCAAUACUUUGAGAGAUCAGCUCCUUAUGCUCGUGUUCCUCUCAUGGAUAAGAUCAAUGAAUUGGCUCAAAGGUACCCUGGAUUAAUGUCGUUGAGAAGCGUAGAUCUUUCCCCGGCAAGUUGGAUGGCGGUAGCGUGGUACCCGAUUUACCAUAUUCCAAUGGGAAGGACCAUCAAAGAUUUAUCCACUUGUUUCCUUAGUUAUCACACUCUUUCAUCUUCUUUCCAAGAUAUGGAGCCAGAAGAAAAUGGCGGGGAAAAGGAGAGGAUCCGGAAGGAAGGAGAAGGUGUAACUUUGCUUCCUUUUGGAUUAGCUACUUACAAGAUGCAAGGCAAUGUUUGGCUCUCGGAAGACGAUCAAGGUCAAGAUCAAGAGCGGGUUCUAUCGCUUCUAAGUGUUGCGGAUUCUUGGCUAAAACAGCUAAGAGUCCAACACCAUGACUUCAACUACUUCUCAAGAAUGGCUCACCGUGGCUAAAACAAAUCCGUCGCUAUACUGGUGAUUUUCAAAUGUAGAUUUUGUAUCUCUUUUUGUUUUUCUUGUUGGUCUCAAGUGAGAAGGAGAUUACUUUUUUCCCUGGUCGCAAUACCGUGUUUGUCCAGUGGUCGGAGUAGCAGCGGCAGCGGCAUGGAGGCUCAGACCGCUGACUGAGCGUUUCCUUAAACAUCGUUGUGGGUGUAGAAUAGCUUUUAAGUCAUAUCAGUGGGAGAUGUCGUAAAUUAUAAGUGCUGAUUUGUUGAAAAGAGUGGUUUCUUGUUUCUUGAUAACAUUGAUUGAGAGGGUCUUUGUUCUUGUACUUCAGUAAUACUUUAAUGGAGUAGCAAAUGUAAUGAUCUAAUCAUACUUGUAAUUUUUUUUUACGCAAAUACUUAAAUCAAAGCUGAUGAUUUUUAAA